GCCUGGCUCCAAACAAAUGCGCAACACCCAGAGACGGAAGACAACAGAGGAAAUCCACGAAGCAGCAACCGCAGAGCUGCUCAACAAACAGGACCUUCAAAACAUUAAAAAGAAUAUAAUUAAAGCCUGGAAUCAUGAAGUCACUGCGCUUCGUUGCUGCUGAGGGCUUCAUUCAGAGCGGACCAAGUGCUGUGGAGAACCUCAACUGUGUGUCUUUUAACCUCUACCCGCUUCUCUUCAAGGCCUGCUACCUGCAUGAGCAGGCUGACUUGCUGCGUGUUCUGGUCCAGGCAUGGCCUCUUCCCGUGCUUGACCUACAUAGCCUGCUGGGACAAACUGUUGACUGCCAGAUGGACCUCACUUCACAAACCUGCAGGCUUUGUUUGGAGUCGAUUCUGACUGGCCUCAAGGAUUACGUGCUGUCACCUCCAAGGACAUACGCCAAGAGGCUGCAUUUGGUGGACCUGACCGCCCUGAAGGAUGUUGAGCACCAGCCCUGCCCCUGCCAAUCCACACUGGGUCGAUGGGCAAGGACCCACCUCCUGACCCAAAUGUGCUAUGAUAUCAUGGUGGCCAUGCAGGACUGCGACGUGUCAUCGUCUGUCUUUGAAACAUCCAUCGAUGUUCGUCUGAACGGCUUUGUCACAGGCCGCAAUUAUGAGCUGGUGGCUCAGACCUUCGUCCUCCUGCGCUACUGUCCACUGAAGCUCCGCUUUGUCAGUUUUCGGGCUGACUCGCUCUCCCUCAAGCAGCUCUUCUAUGUUCUUCGCCUCGCAGACACUGAGUCCAUUUUAAAGCUGGAGAUAGUCCACAAUGUUCCGCUAGAGGCGACACACUUGGAGGUGCUGCUGUCCAAGGUGGCAUUCCCCAAAUUACAGUCUUUGACGGUGCCGACUGGGGCGUUGGAUAUUAGGAGGUUGGCCUCUGAUGAUGACGUGAUGUCCAUCAUCGGUAACCAGCUGGCACAACUGAGCGGCCUGACUGAACUCUACGUUGGUUUCUCAACUCUAACUGGACACCUACGCAAACUGCUUAAUCCCCUCAACACUCCUUUGCAGUGCUUGGAGUUGGCGAAUUGCUGCCUGAGCCGCGUUGACAUGACCUACCUGUCAAACAGCCUCCACAGUGAGUUCCUGGUCCGCCUGGACAUCAGUGGGCAUGACAUUUUCAGCUCUUUCCCUACCUGUUUCCACAAACUGCUCUGCCGCUGCUCAGCCACAUUGGUCAGCCUGGCCCUCGAGGAAUGUAACAUAGAAGACGAGCACAUGGACGCCUUCAUUGAUGCGCUGACUUGCUGUCAGGGUCUGGAGGAGCUCAAACUCCUGGGGAACCCCUUAACCUCUGAGGCCCUGCAGAGGUUAUUCUCUAUGCUAUCUGUGGGUUUUCCUCAGCUUAAAUACAUAGAGAUGCCAGUUCCCCGCCAGUGUUACUCUGAGAGUGUAACUUAUCCUCUUAAUGAUUCAGAUUUACUGCUGUACAACAGGGAGUUGUUUGAGGAGGUCAGGGGUCAACUGAUGGGGAUCAUGGAAGGAGCUGGGAGAGAGAGUGUGGAGGUGUGCUCCCCACUUAUGGGGGCCUAUGACUCAGAGAUCAAUGAAACCAGCAAUGAGCUGGGAGUGUCCAUGUUGAAGUCUUUUAACAGCGUCAUUGGGAACUUCAUUGGUUGCAUAACUGAGGUGAACGACAGGAGAUCACAGGACCAGGACAAUAAUUAGUGGGCUGCAUGUGAAAGGACCAAGUAAGUUGGCCGACAGAUGGUGAUGACCUCUGAUUAACACAAAUUUACACCUCUGCUUAGCACAAACCUGAAGCCUCCAUUAGAAUAAACAUUUUCUUUUUUUUCCUAGAGUGCUACAUAAGGUUUCUAGUAAACUGUCAUCACCACUCCUUUGCAUGAUUGAAGGGCAACACUAGGAAAAUAUAUCAAGAAAGCUUGAUUUGUUUGACUGUGGUUUAAUAUCCUAGAUAUGAAUUUUGAUGUAUGACCAUUUUGUCUAAUAGAACAGUCUGGAAGCCAAAGAGAUGUGCCGUGCAGUUAAAUGUAGCUACAAUAGAGUUAUGGAAGAUACCUGAAGUUUCACCUAAGAAAUUGUUUUUAUAAAACUGGAUUUUAAAUGUAAAGAGCACAUAUUUGCAACAUGGAAUAUAUCUGAUAAACAAGUAUACUCGU